AAAUACAGCUGUUCUUGUCAGCUCUGAAAUUUUACUGGGCGUUUCACCAGCUUUUGUUGAUAAAAAACGCAUUAAAUACGUAUCACAUCCGGGCUUAAAAACAGGAAACAUAAUACAGCUGUAAAAUGCUUGUACUAGUACUUGGCGACUUGCAUAUACCUCACCGUUGCAGUAGUCUGCCGGCAAAGUUCAAAAAGCUGCUUGUGCCCGGUCGGAUACAUCAUAUAUUGGCCACCGGAAACAUCUGCACCAAGGAGUCGUAUGAUUAUCUCAAAUCGCUGGCCAACGACGUGCACAUAGUGCGCGGCGAUUUCGAUGAGAAUCUCAGCUAUCCGGAGCAAAAGGUUGUGACAGUGGGACAAUUUCGUAUUGGCCUGUGCCAUGGUCACCAAGUGGUGCCGCGUGGUGAUCCGGAGGCUCUGGCACUAAUCCAACGCCAGCUGGAUGUGGAUAUACUCAUAACGGGGCAUACGUACAAGUUUGAGGCGUACGAGCAUGGCAAUAAGUUCUACAUAAAUCCCGGCUCGGCGACGGGCGCCUUCAAUCCUCUGGACACAAAUGUGGUGCCCUCAUUUGUGCUGAUGGACAUACAGAGCACAACGGUGGUCACCUAUGUGUACCAACUGAUUGGCGACGAGGUCAAGGUGGAGCGCAUUGAGUACAAGAAGAUAUAACCAAGUAUUAGCAGCAAAUUCAUUCCGCCUCACGCUUGUGCACGCACUGAUCCGAUCUGUCUUGAUCUUGGCUUAAUUAUGGAAAAUUGAAUAAUAUAUAUAUAUAUAUAUAAAUAAUGUAUAAAUUAAACAC